GUCAAUGUCACACACAGACAAAAAGAAAUGUCUAGAAUGAGGAGUCGAUACUUAAGUCCUAGAGUCUAACGUGUAACUACUAACUAGAACAUGUAAUACCUAAUAGAAUAAAGGAUCAGUCAAAGUAACAACGUAUUUUAUUAUAUGGUGCCAGAAGCGGAGCACGAAGUGACUUCGAAAUAUAACCAUGCCCGACACUAAAAAAGACACGCCGCAUGGUGGGCGACCUGAGGUGGCGACUUCAAACAGGCUAAACAUCGUAGGAAACCUGAAGCCGAUGAGCCUGGAAGGCAAUCUGGCUGUCAACUGGAGAAAAUGGCACCAAACGUUCACAAUAUUUCUAAAGGCAAGUGGCAUUUCCCAGGAAUCUGAUGAAAGAAAAGUCGCAGUCUUAUUACACUUCAUAGGCGCUGACAGCUUGGAAAUAUUCAACACUUUCGGUCUAGACAUCGAGAAAAUCACAUAUAGUGCAUUAAUUGAUAAAUUUGAAGAAUAUUUUGUUCCAAAACGAAACAUAACCUAUGAGUGUUAUAAAUUUUUUACUACUAAACAAAAAGUAGAAGAGAGUCUGGAAGAUUUUUUAACACGCUUAAUAAAUAAAAGUAAAUCAUGUGAAUUUGAAAGUCUGCAAGAAAGGAUGAUUAAAGAUAUUUACAUAACAAAUAUGCAUGAAAAUUAUCAACAUGUCAGGGAAAAACUUUUACUUGAAGACAAUUUAACCUUAGAACGGGCUAGAAAUUUGUCUAAAAGCAUAGUGUCAGCCAAGUCUCAUGCAGCAGAAUUCAAAGAGUCUACUAAUGUCUUCUUCCAACGUCAGUCAGUCAAACAGUCAUCGUCACAGUCAAGAACAAGGUCACAGUCUCAAAAUAGGAACAAAUGUACUCGGUGUGGUCAAAUUCAUCGAUUUAAGUGUCCAGCUCGCAAUGCAAAAUGUAGAAAGUGUCUUAUUAUAGGUCAUUAUGCAGCAUUGUGUAAGUCUAAACAAGUAAAGUAUGUACAACAAGAGGAAAAUUAUACAUAUGAAGGUAAUGAUUCAAAGUAUUUGUUUGUCGGACAUUUGAAUUCAAGUCUAUCUACAAAUUCAGAUUGGAGUGUCAAUUUCUCAAUUAAUAAUAUAAAUGUACAAUGUAUUUUAGAUACUGGAAGUGAUGCUAAUGUCAUGUCAUAUAAUUUGUUUCAGUCAUUAAAUGUCAUUGAAAAUUUUUCACCUUGUCAUGCCAAAGUAACAUCUUAUUGUGGAAAUAGUAUACCAAUAUUAGGUCAACAAAAGCUUGAAUGUACCUAUUAUGUAAAUAGUCAACCUCAGUCAAAAUUAAUUAAUUUUAUUAUAGCAAAUGUGUCGUCUCCAACUGUCAUUGGUAAAAAUACAUGUUCAGAGUUAGGUCUUAUUAAAAGAGUCUUUAAUAUUGUCAAGUCAGAUGAUUGUCAAAGUCUAGGUCAGAAUUAUGAGUCAAACUUAGUCACAAGUCAAAGUCAAAGGUCAGAGUUUAAUAACUGUCUUGUUAACAACAAUAAUUGUCAGUCACAGUCAUAUGAAGGGAAUAAUUGUCAUGUUCAGUCAAAAUCAUACUAUAUCAAUAAAAAUUAUAAUUUACAGAGUCUUUUGUCUAAGUAUAAAUCUGUAUUCGAUGGAUUGGGCUGUCUACCUGGUGAGUGUCACAUUACUGUCAAUAAAGAUGUCCGUUCCAAAAUUGAUCCACCACGGAAAAUUCCAUUCUCAUUACAUGAUAGACUGAAGAAGGAAUUGGACCAUAUGGAAAGUCUGGAUGUCAUCACCAAGGUUACAGAGCCAACGUCAUGGGUGAGUUCACUUUUAUUAGUCGAAAAGAAAAAUGGUCAACUUAGAGUCUGUCUUGACCCAAGAAAUUUGAACGAAGCGAUAUGUAGAUCACAUUAUCCAAUACCUACUAUUGAUAUUGUGCGGUCUAAGCUACAUGGAGCAUCAUAUUUUUCUACUCUGGAUGCCAGCAGUGGAUUUUGGGUUAUUUGUCUUGAUACAGAAAGUUCAAUGUUGUGUACGUUCAACACCCCAUUUGGCCGCUACAGGUUUAAAAGAUUACCUUUUGGUAUCAACUGUGCCCCUGAAAUAUUUCAUCGAAUUAUGACAGAAACAUUCGGUGUACUACCUGGAGUCAUGGUGUAUGCUGAUGAUAUUUUAGUCUACGGCAAGGAUAGUCAAGAACAUGAUGAAAAUUUACAAAGAGUCUUUAAGAAAGCUCAAGAAGUCAACCUGAAAUUCAAUAAAAAAGAGCGUCUUCAGUGGCUAGUCCAGGCUACAGAAAAUGAUGAAUGUUUGCAGCUACUUAAGAAAUACUAUAAGGAAGGAUGGCCUGAUAGAAAGUCAGAAGUCAAUAAACUAGUACUACCCUAUUGGAACUGUCGUCAUGAAGUACAUGCUGUCGGUAAUUUAUUACUUAAAGGUAACAGUCUUAUAAUACCUACAAAAUUAAGGUCAGAAAUUUUAAAAAUAAUACACAGUGGUCAUCAAGGCAUUGAAAAGUCAAAGAAUUUCGCCAGAGGAGUUGUGUAUUGGCCAUUGAUGUCACAUGAUAUACAGCAGUGUGUGGAACAUUGUGAAACAUGUUUGUCACACAGGAAUGCCAAUCCACCAGAACCUCUAAUGUCACACAAAAUUUGUACUUUUCCUUGGGAAAAAGUUGGAGUAGAUUAUUUAAAAUUUAAAAAUCAAACUAUACUUGUCAUUGAAGAUUAUUAUUCAAAUUACAUUGAAAUUGCUAAUGUCAGUUCAACAGGAGCCAAAGCUCUGAUUAAUGCGCUGAAAUCUAUAUUCAGUCGUCACGGAAUUCCUGUAUUUUUGAAUUCGGAUAAUGGACCUCCGUAUAAUUCCCAGGAAUUCAAACAGUUCUUAGCGUCAUGGAGUAUAACUCAUACCACAUCUAGUCCAUACUUGCCUCGUUCUAAUGGAUUAGUGGAGUCUGGAGUAAAAAUUGUAAAACGCAUACUUACUAAAUGUGCAGAGUCAGGCGAUGAUCCAUAUCUUGCUUUAUUGCAAUACAGAACUACACCUAGAAACAACUUACCGUCUCCGUCUGAGUUACUGAUGUCCCGUCGUCUCAGAACGCUCAUACCUACUGUUAUAAAACAUCUGGAACCUAAAGUAAUGAGUCAUAGGAUAUAUAAGAAAAUAAAACAACAGAAUAAUUAUAAACAAAAGUUUUAUUAUGAUAAAAAGUCAAAAAUUUUGCCUAAUGUCAAGAAAGGAGAUAAAAUUAUGUUUAAAAAGUCACCAGAGUCAAAAUGGCAACCUGGAGAGAUUGUCAAAGAAUGUGAGCAACCUCGAUCAUUUAUAGUUGAAGCUCCAGACGGGUCAACAUACAGGAGAAAUCGUCAACACAUAUCUUCGCAUUUUCCAAGUCCAACUAAGGAUAUAAGUCAAGAAAAGAAAGGAGAAAGUCCAGUAAGUAGUAAGAAUGUCAGUCCAAAGAUGGAAAUGAGAAUGGAAGAGUCUAAAGAAAGUAAAGAUGAGGGAAUAAAGAGAACAAUAAGUGGUAGACAGGUCAAAGCCCCAGUUAGAUUUCAAGAUUGUAUGUAAAAUAAUUAAUCAUAAGCGUUUAAGUAGAUUUUAAGUUUUAUAAAAAAGUCAAACCAUUGUCAGUCUGUAAGUUUAAAGUAAAUAUUAAGUCAGUUGUCAAUAUGUAAGUUUUAUAAAAAAUUGUCACGCAUUCGGUUAGUCCUGAUAUGUUCAUAGAUGAUAGAUAUUAAUGUCUUUUUAAAAAAAUGAAAAAGGGAGAUGUUAUAAGUAGUCUAUAGU